AUGCUAAAUCAGUCAAGGAUUGAUAUGAUAUUUAAGUCGCUUCGCGACAUCGUUGUUGUUGGUGACAAUGAUAUGGUUAUAAUGGAUAUGAAUCCCCCAGCAUGUGUGUUUUUCGGCUGGGAUGUUGCGGAGGUACAGGGAAAGAGCAUCACGUUCCUUAUACCAAAUCACCCUCUCGAUGUUCAGGACAACACGGUAACGCUUAUGGCACGUCUGAAGAAUUCUGUGAGUGUACCGGUUGUCAUUCAGUCUACGCGAGAUCCGCACGCCACUAUGGUGGGAUGGACAAUUCUGCCCAUUAUUCUCCCUCGUGUUUUUGAUUUUGGCGUUCACAUGAAUCUGCGCGCUGCACUGACACCAAAGCUAUCGGUGGAUGACUUGAAUUUCAAUAACCGUCGCGUGUUUGUUCGUGUAGAUUUUAAUGUACCGUUUGAUAAAUCUACUCAAGAAAUACGUGAUGACAGUCGUAUUAGAGCAGCAGUUCCAACCAUCACUAAAAUUGUGCGGGAUGGUGGUCGUGUCAUUGUUGGUUCACAUCUUGGACGCCCAAAGAAGCCGAGUGCUCGACACUCUCUUAAGCGUAUUUUGCCUCGUUUUGAGGAAAUACUGGGACAGAAAGUGAUCUUCUCUCCUACACUGGAUGCAGCCCCUGGUAUGGUGGAGAAGAUGAAAAAUGGAGAAGUAUUAUUAUUGGAGAAUCUCCGUUUCUUCCCGGGUGAGGAUGGUGUACAUACCGCCUCACGACACCGUAUGGCAAUGCAACUAGCCGCUUUCAGCGAUAUUUAUGUCUGUGAUGCUUUCGGUACAGUGCAUCGAAUGACUGCAAGCAUGACUGGACUUCCGCGAGUAUUGGGUGCUGGAGUAACGGGAUAUCUCAUUGAACGGGAAAUCAAAGCUAUCAGUAUGGUGAUGCGUAAUCCAACAAAUCCUUUACUCUGUAUCGUAGGCGGAGCGAAGGUAUCGGAUAAGAUCAGUGUACUCGCCAGUAUCAUGAGAUUUGCCCAGACCAUUAUUAUUGGUGGUGCUAUGGCGUACACUUUUCUUGAAGCAAAAGGUCAUUCCUGUGGUAAUUCUAAAGUUGAGCGUACUGCAAGAGAGAAGGGACGUGAAUUGGAUCUUCACGCUGUUGCAAGGGAGUUAAUGGAACUUGCAGCUGCAAGAAAAGUUCAAUUAAUCCUUCCUGUCGAUCACAAUUGCGCAAAAUCAUUUAAGAAUGAAGAACCAUUUACUACCACUGGAGCUGAUAUACCAGAUGGAUACAUUGCUUUAGAUUUUGGACCAAAAACAAAUGCUCUAUGUGCAAAAGCUGUGGCUGAAGCGAGAACACUUAUUUGGAAUGGACCUGUUGGUGUUUUUGAAUUCUCCAAUUUUGCAACAGGAACAACGACGAUAGCUGAGGCAAUUUGUAAAAACAAAAAUCUUGUUUCAAUUGUUGGCGGCGGUGAGACUGCAGCAGCCACAAAGCGAUAUAAGGACUGUAUUACUCACACAAGUACAGGCGGUGGGGCCUUCUUGGAACUUCUUGAAGGCAAAGCUUUGCCAGGUCUCGUUUGUCUCACAGCGCAGGCCGCACCAAAGUUGUGA